AUGGCCAUGGAGCUGUCCUCCAACUGGAAGAAGCUGCAGGCCCAAAUCAAAUCUGAGCCGUCGUACACCAAAAAGCCAGCGGCAAAACCUGUCACAGGGAAAAGGACGCGCGGGGCCGAGGACGACGGUGACGGCGACAACGCCCGCAAGCCACCCCCGAAGCGUCCGAGCAAGGCUGUAGAACCAGCCCGCGAGCGCCGGCGCGUCCAGAAGCCGAAAGCUAUGGGCGUGGCCCAGUCAUCGCAGCCGACGAAGCAGGAGGGCGUUGUCGGCCGGGGGGGUCGACCAGGUGGAUCAAGGAUUUUGCAAGCAAGCUCCGAGGCGGCCUCGCCAUCGCUGGCGCUGUGGGCCGAGGACCACGACAUCUCACCCGAGGAUCUGGCGCAGGCGUACGGACUCGGCGUGUCGAAAGGUGGCAGCAGCAGCAGCAGCCGGAGCGGCGGGCUGACAGCGGCCUCGGGCCUCGCUGCGUCGACAGCACUGGCUGCGGCUGCGCUGGACGAUCGCGAGAAUGCCGGUCUGACAGCGGGUCUGGUCGUGGGCAAGUACGUCGCGCUCGACUGCGAGAUGGUCGGGGUGGGUGCGGACGGCCACGACGAUGCGCUGGCACGCGUCAGCGUGGUGGACUUUUUUGGACGCCAGGUGUACGACUCGUACGUGCAGAUGCAGCGAGGCCAGCGUGUGGUCGACUGGCGGACGGCUGUCAGCGGCAUCACGCCGCGGCAUCUGCAUCAGGCGCGGCCGUUUGCAGAAGUGCGCGACGUCGUCGCCGGGCUGCUUCGAGGCGACGACGGCAAGCCGCGCUUCCUGGUUGGCCAUGAUGUGCGGCACGAUCUGCGCGUGCUCGACGUCAGUCACCCGCCGCGACUCAUUCGCGACACCGCCAAGUUCUCGGGCUUCAAGCAGUACGGCAACGGCCCCAAGCCAGCGCUGCGCGUGCUGGCCCGCACGCUGCUCGGUGUCGAGAUCCAGCAGGGCGCCCACUCGAGCGUCGAGGAUGCCCGCGUCACCAUGCAGCUCUUUCGGCUGCACAAGCAAGCCUUUGACGUGGAGUGUGCAACCCGCUUUGGCGAGGAGCCCGCCGUCGGCCUGGAUGCGGCCGCACCAGAAAAGAAGAAGCUGCAGAAGAAAAAGCGGAAGAAGCACUGA